AUGGAAGAACAACUUGACCAGUUUGAAAAGAAAAAAGUGUGGAAUCUGGUGCCUAAACCUGAAAAUGCAUCAAUCAUUGGAACAAAAUGGGCAUUCAGAAUCAAGUUAAAUGAGGCUCAAGGAUACUCACAACAGGAAGGAGUCGACUAUGAUGAAACCUUUGCACCUGUUGGUCGGAUAGAAUCCAUUAGAAUUUUUCUUGCAUAUGCUUCUUUUAAAAAAUUCAAACUUUUUCAAAUGGACGUCAAAAGUACUUUUCUAAAUGGUUUCAUUGAAGAAGAAGUGUAUGUCAAACAACCUCCAGCCAAAUAUGCUAAGGAACUUGUUCAAAAAUAUGGGACGGCUGACUCAAAAGCUAUAGGAACUCUAAUGAGUCCUACUUGCACUCUUGAUAAGGAUGAAGCAGGAAAACAUGUUGAUGAAACUCUGUGCGCUGGAUUCGAAGUUGCUCCAAAGGAAUCUCAUCUUACUGUUGUCAAGCAAAUUAUUAGAUACCUCCAUGGAACAACUAAUUAUGAUUUAUGGUAUCCAAACACUAACAAUUUUGCACUUGAAGGCUUUUCAGAUUCACCUUUUUCAGGUGAUAAGAAUAAUAGGAAAAGUACCAGUGCCAUUGGACAACCUCCUCCUGAGGUUGUCCAGCCCUCCCAAACCAUCACGCCACCACAAAAUAUCCUUGAUUAUUCUCACAUACUCUAA